UACGAUGUAACUGGAUAGCCGUGUAUUGUAUUGUGCAAUGGGCGAAGGGAAGGAAAGACUAGCUAUGAGUCACAGGAAAAAGAUAGUCGAGGAUGCUAAGAGUUCUGCAGUUUCUUCCGCAAGUAAAAACUCAGUAUCCAUGCUGUUUGUACCAGGCGGGGAGUACUACCAAACCCGAGGCAUGUGAAGGGCUCUGAAAGCGUUCCCGUGUUGUCUUAAAGUCAUUCGCACCUGUAAUCGCGGAGACUGGUGGAACUGGCGUGUUCUCUAACGUAAAGAACUGCCAAAGAGGCAUCACCCUUCACGUGGAAUAUAGAACCUGGCGGUGAAGCUAUUUAUAGCAUUGCUGAUUUAAGCAACAAAUCAUCGCAAAUGAAUACAAUACUUUCAUGUUUGUGAUGUGGAUGAAUAUAUAUAUGUUUUUUAAGAGGAAGAUGCGGUGAUAAAUUUCCACAAAUGAUCUAGAAGAAUGACUAUAUUGGAAUUGCAUCUAAGCGAAAAUACAUUAUUGCAGAAUAUAUUGCGGCAAAAAAUCCAACAAAAACAGAAUGCAUUCGAAGAUAGCACCAUGUCACGUUAGACCUGUAAACUCGGUGGGGUGAUUUAUUUUUUUGUGUGAUGGAUUUGAGAAGUCUCUGGAUGUGUACAUAUGUUGGAUUUUCGGUGGAUUCUCAGUGGAUUUUCAACUCCCUGCGCAUUACAUGCGUAUAUUAUCUCACUGUGACUAACAGCAUCUACGGCUCCAAGGCGACAACGUCGUGGAUGUAGUCGAACUGUCGUUGUAUUGUUGUUGUUGUUGACGUCGUCGUUGAAACGUGAUGACGUUGUGGUGUGGGUCGGGGAGGUCGGGACGAGAAAGGUUAAGGUCAGAUAGUGAAUGUUCGAGCUAUGAGGAGGAAUCAAAGAUCGUCGUUGUCGGAUGUGCCGGUGUUGGAAAGACAGCUUUAUGUCACAUAUUCGUGAACGGAGAUACAAAUUCUCGCAAGAACACGAUACAGAAAUCAGCAAGAGCACGGCGCGCGGAGUUUGACACGUGGGAAACAGUGGACGGAGAAACAUGUUGUUUAAGACUUUUCGAACUAAGAAUGGCAGCAAACGGUGACGACGACGAGCAAAUAGUGCGCUCUCUCGCCCAGAACGCGGACGGGUUUCUCCUCGUGUACUCCAUCACGAGCAGACAGAGUUUCGGAGCCGUGUCGCGCGUGUACGACGAGAUACACCGAAUACGAAACAACAAAGACACGCCGCUCGUCCUUGUUGGUAACAAGGGCGACGCUAUUCACAACAGGGAAGUCCUAGUGUCGGACGGGCGAGAUCUGGCUUUCGAAAUGGGAACUGCCUUCUACGAGUGUUCGACGAAAUCAGACUUUGGCCAAGUGAACAGUAUAUUUCACGACGUUAUACGACAAGUACGAUGCGUCAGAUCGAGAUCUCGCGCGGAGGAACAGACGUGUAAUAAGGUCCGCGGAUUUAUUCACAGACUCAGUUUCAAGAAGAGGUCAAGAUCUUUAAAGCGCCACUCUACUGACUGACUUCGAUUAGUUGUUUUAAAUUUUAGUGCGGCUGAUGGGCGCAAUAAUUGGUCACAUCUUCCAAAAAAGCAUGGAAUUUGGCACAAAUAUUGGGUAUGAGGUACUUAUUGUUUCCUGAUAAAGGAGCAAGUUGGUUUGAGCGUACUUACGGUUUUAUACAAAAUGGCCGCCAUCUGAGUGUUAAAAUGAAAGAAAAAAUAUUUUUCAACAUGAACCAAAAAGACCAGUGUUGGAAUAAAUAGGAAAGAGUUAUAAAAACUUUCAAUACAAGAAUUUUUAAAAGUGAAAAAAUCAGCCACUUCCGGUAAUUUAAGAUAAUUAACAUAUUUACAUGGUCUGUUUUAAUAUUCAACAGAGAAGACACUUUUGUACACUAUAUUUAACACAGAUUAAAACAACCACAAUAGUUUUAUAUAUGUAUGUACUCAGUAGUCAUUUCUGAACUUUUUUAAUUGUGAUUUUGACGUCUUUAAAAAUCAAAUACCUGUUUUUUACAUUCAUACAAUAAUUUCUAUAAAGUGAAGGGCGCCACGCAUCAGUUUAAAACACUAUUAGGUUUCUGUUUACGUUUGUCUGUAUCCUGAAGUAGGUCUCACUGAACGUGCUUCUAAAACAGCAUUGAUUAAGCAUUUCAAUUUGAACAUGUGUGCAAUGUUUCACGUUCUUAGGAAAAUGUGAACAAUUAUGAUCAUAUUCUACAUCAAUCUGCCGCACUAAAGGGGGUGUCACACUGUCCCAAGUUUCCCUACGACAUGCGGCGAUAUACGGCGAGAUGAACUCGCCAUAAAUCGCCGCGGAUGGCCAUGAGUUGUCAGCCGAUUUUUUGGUCAAAAUAUUAACACGAGUGUGCCACGAUAUCUCUACGAUAUAUUUGGCGAAAUAGUACGAGACUAUUACGAAUUGGUAGGAGUUUCUACGACAUUCGUACGAAAAUCCUGCGAUAGUUGUUCGACAUUACUACGUAUUUGUACGAGUUUGUAAGAUAUUUGUACGAGUAGGUACGAGUUUGUACGAUGUGGUACGAUCUAUUGCGACAUUAGUACGACAUUCGUACGGCUUAUCUCGGCAUAAAUAUCGUGCUAUGCCGCAGCAUGUCAUACGUUACUCGUCUUAUAUCGUACUAUGUCGCCAUGACUCGGCAGUUGUUUUGGGACGGCGAGAUCACUCGAGAACAUGCGACAAGAGGCGACAAUGAGUACGACAGUUGUACGACAAUGUACGAGUGAGUUGCGAGAUUGAUACGAGAAGACCUAGGACGGCGAGAAUUUAAACAGUUUAAAAUUCUCGUGGGCACUUCCCGACAAUAUGCUACGACAUGUGUACGACUUCAGCCGACAUAUGGCGACAUCUCCGCGACAUUCCCUCGACAUGUGGCGAGUUAUGAACUCGCCGCAACUCGUAGCGAAGCUCGAUACAGUGUGACACCCCCUUAAGGUUUCGUGCACCUAACACUGCCGUUAUCUUGAUGAUUGCGAAAUAUUGACUCUGUGUUGGCGUUUGUAAUAUGGAAUGCAAAUAUAGUUGUGUUGAUAAAAAAAGAUUUUCUUCCAA